GACACUCGAAUUCCCAAUUCCCAUUUCCCUCUCACUCUCAAUUCCCUCUCUUGUAGUCUUGCUCUCACUUCUCUCAACUCUCUUUCACUCUAAUCCUAAAAAGUCUACACAACUCUUCCUCCACCUCCAUCCACUGUCGCUGCCGCACUCCCGCACCACGCCACCGCCGGCUGCUCCUCCAUCACAGACGAACACUGCUGCUGCCCUGUGGGUUGUUCGAAACUUCGAAUCGAACACUGCUGCUGCUCCUAAAAAUCGAAAUUUUUGAUUUUGUUUAAGAAUGUAAACAGUUGACAAAGACCCACUUCCUUCAUUCAAUUCCAUGAAAAUUUUUCUAUAAACUUUGAGGUAAGUUUAUGAAUUGCCGUUAUAGAGAUAUUAAUGCCCGGAGGAUCAUCGACAAUAAUAACAUCAACAACUGCCAGUUACCUGACACCUUUCCGUCUUUUUCCGCCUCAUCGGUUUGCAAUCAGGACAAUGCACAGAGCUAAAAGAAGCAACGAGAGCUCUUCUUUAUCUUCCUCGGCUCGUGAUUCCCACAUUUCAGGGAGAGGGAAAGGUCAUCUUGAUAUGGAAGGUAGCAAUGGCAGAUCAAGGAGAGGUCGUGGUGGUGAUGCAGAUAGAAUUGAUAGUCUUGGUAGACUAUUGGUUCGCAUAUUGAGACAUAGUGCAACAAAGUUGAAUUUAGAUAUGCGCUGUGAUGGGUAUGUCAAACUUCAAGAUUUACUGAAGUUGAACAUGAAAACAAGGUCAAAUUUCUCGCUAAGUUCUCAUUCUAUCGAUGAAGUUAGAGAAGCCGUAAGGAUAGACAACAAGCAGAGGCUUGGCCUUGUGGAAGAAGAUGGAGAACUGUGGAUACGUGCAAAUCAAGGCCAUUCUGUAAAGUCAGUAGAGACUGAGAGUUUAUUGAAACCAAUCCUUUCUGCUGAGGAGAUUCCUGUUUGUAUUCAUGGCACGUAUAAGAGGCUUCUUGAACCAAUUCUUUCAUCCGGUCUCAAGCGAAUGAACAGGUUGCAUGUUCACUUUUCACAUGGCUUGCCUUCUCAAGGAGAAGUAAUAAGUGGCAUGAGGCGCGACGUAAAUUUGCUGAUCUUCAUAGAUACAAAGAGAGCUAUGGAAGAUGGAAUGAAAUUUUACAAGUCAGAGAAUGAAGUAAUAUUGACAGAGGGGUUUGACGGAGUCGUCACACCUAAAUAUUUCCAGAAAAUUGAAAUGUGGCCAAGUAGAAAGCUAUUGCCUUUCCAAGUAUAAGUUGCAGUUUAUUUAAACAAACAUAUUCUAUCUUGUAUUACUAUUACCAUUUGCAAGUGUUAUUAUGAUGUUUAAUCCUUAGAUUUUUCAAGUUUGUGUUAUUUUUCAUUGUUGGGUUUCUUUCUAAGUGAAUUUGCUUAGAUUGUAUAGGUAUAAUAAAGUUUAUUUGUUUAUGUAUUACUAUAAGUAUCAUCUGU